AUGGCGAACCCUUUUUCAGUUUACAGAACCAAACCCGAAAGACUUAAUCUUUUUCGUCAGAUCAUUGAUGCCGAUUCCCCUCUCUCACCUACAUCCGAAAACAGAGUUCUGGCAACCAUUGAGCAUAAUCUCAAGUUAGUCGAAGAUCUAACCACUAAGGAAACUCGUCAAAUCCGUGCUUUGGCGGGUAAAGUGACAGCUGAACCUUGGCCCUUGAUUCCUGAAGCCGGAGAGGAGAAUAUUCCAGUGAAGAUUGAAAAGGUUUCUGGUUUUGAAACUGCUUCGGCUAAGCGAAAACUUGAUGGCUCUGAUGAUGGGAUUUUUGUGUCUGAAACCAAACGUCGCAAAAAGAGUGGCUUUUCUGUUCCUACCAGAAUAACUCGGUCCCGGGCUCGGGCUUCUUUUGUUCCUUCAUCUAUUCCAGUUUCUGCCCAGAAAAGCUCUAAGGGCUCAAAAUCUAAGUCCUUAAAGUCUAUUCUUUUGAAUGAUGACCUUAUGGAGCUAUGGAAAGUGCAUUCUAAAAGAGAGCUGUUGCUUGAAAAAUCAAUUGAUGAGGAUAAUCUUCUUUCGAAUUGCAAUAUUUUGUCCCUUUUGCGUGACCAAUAUCUUCUCCGGUCAGUUCAGAAAAUGGGUCCCUAUUCUCAGAAAUUAACUGCUGAAUUUUACACGAAUUUGUCGGGCGAAUCUUCUACCAGGGAUUCUUCUCAUUAUCAUCAAGUCUUUAUUCGUCAUAAGUGGUAUGAUUUUGGCCCCGAAGAAAUCAAUGCAUAUUUGGGCCGGUCCAAUAUUGUUGAUGAUAUUGAUGAUGCCUCUGAUCCGGAUCUCAAUCUGCUUGCUACUACAUUAACUCACAAUAACAUUGUUAAAUGGCCAAAAGGAGGUUUUCAGUCUCAGAAGUUGACUACAGUAUACUCUGUUUUGCUCCGUAUUGCUGCCACGAAUUGGCUUCCGGGUGUCAAUAAAAGUAUAGUUUCGGACAAAAUGGCCCUACUUCUUUACAAGGUUCGAAAUCGAAUUGAUGUUGACUUAGGAUCGAUUAUCUUCUCUCAUAUUAUGUCCUUUACAAAGAAGAAGGAGGCUAAGGUGCAUCUUCCUUUUCCAAGCCUCAUUUUUGGUGUGUUGACGAAACAAGGCUUUGAGCCGAAUGAUUCUGAGAAGGUUCUUGAAAAUAAGGGUGUCUAUCAGUUUGAUCCUAGAUUGUCUCACUAUUUUCAUUACGAUGAUAGAGCUGAACUUCUCCUCACCUCGGCUGAAACGGUGCCGUCUGCCACAACUCCUCCUGUAUCUCCUGCUGCCUCUGAUUCCACUGCCCGAGCUCAUGCCGAGCCUUCAUCUCUCAUUGCUCACAGGCAGUUUGCUGAUUUUGUUCAAUCCUCGUUAGAUCAAAUGCACAAAUCUAUUGCGGCUCAACAAGAAUCAGCUGCGGGUCUUCAGAAGAUUCUUCUUCAACAUCGUCGUGAAAUAGCCCGCUUGGAGAAGUUGCACGCUGACUCAGAUACUGCUGAUUUUGAUCCUGAUCCAGCUGAUGCUACCGAAGAUUCUGCUGAAGACUCCGUUGCCUCUGAUGAUGCUACCAGCUCUUCUGGCACUCAGUCAACCUACUGA